AUGAUCUGCGGGCGUACUGGCCAGCGGAUGAAUCCGUGGGGAAUUCAAAGACGUAGUGGUGAGAUCAGGUCAUCCUCUGCAGAGCUGGGAUGCCAUUUUGAUGAUGUCUCCGCUCAGGGGUGUGAGCGUUUUUUGAACAGCCGUCGCUCGAAGGCAGCAGAUGAGCGCCUCUCGAGUGCAGGUGCUUCCGACAUUCGUCGUCUGGAUGGCGAGCUGUUGAAGCGACAGCAAAUCGAAAUCGUCGCCGCCCCCGGUCCUCUCAAAGGGCGAACGAACAGGAAAAGAAGAAUCGACAACGCCGGUUAG